GACAGGAGAGUUGAAAAGUGAGCGCGAAGUACAAGACAUGCACGUGAGGUUAAAUAAAGUGGGGUUGUUCUCAUUUUAUUUUUAUUUAGCAAGAAGAACAACAAAAGUAAUACUUCAAUUAUAACCUAUUACCGCAGGGACUGACGAGAGACCAAAUAUUAGGAUUCGAUUGAUUAAAGCUGCUUGGGGUCAAAGAGCUCGCUGCCGGCUGACCUGGGAUCAGCGUGUCCGUCUCAGGCCACAGCUGGUCGGAGCCGAGCGAGUGUCCGGCGGUUAAGAUGAAAAUGAAUCAGGGCCUCUCAGGCUAAUUAGCGGGCCGCCGCCCUCCGCCCCCGCCGUGUUGCGAUUGGUCCUGAGGAGAACAACCUGCCGAUGGCCGCCGCAUCAUCAUUGUCCCUUCAACGGCAACAAUGAGGCGGAAUAACUAAUGAGCUCGCCCGGGCUGAGGUCUCACUAUUCCCAGCCUGGCUUUGGACGUGACCAGCAGCCUUCAGGGGGCCCGUCACCCCGCCAGGAAACCCGAAGAACAGAAAUGCUGUAAUAUUCGGAAAAAAACAAAAAACAUUUAGCCUGGCAACCAAAGAACGAACACAUAUAGUCAUUUGGAUUACUUUUUUCUUCACUAUUUACAUUUUUGUAAAGGAUUUCACAGACGAGAACAGCAAAAAUGAAAGCAAGAAGAUUUCUCAGCGCCUUGACAGCAAUGCUGGGUUUAAGUGUGUGUUGGUCCUCGGAACUGUCCUUCCUGCAGGAGCCCAGAGACGUGAUUGCAGUGCGCGAUCGCCCGCUCAUGCUGGACUGCAGGGUGCAGGGCGAGGAACCCGUUCAGAUCACGUGGCGUAAAAACGGAGUGCCUUUAACCACCAGCCCGCGGCUCCAGGUGCUGGCAAACGGCACCCUGUUGAUCCAAAGCUUCCAGAAGCGCAAAGACGGCAGCGACGCUGACAUGGGCGAGUAUGACUGUGCCGCCCGGAAUCGCUACGGCAUGCUGGUCAGCCGUAAGGCCAAAGUCCUGUUGGCCUCUCUUCCCAAAUUCCACACGCACCCUAUGUCAAUGACUGUGGACGAGGGCGGUGUCGCACGCUUCCAGUGUCAGAUCAAUGGAAUACCUGAGGCCAACAUAACCUGGGAGAGAGACAGAGUGCCACUGAGCACUGAUGACAACAGGUACACGCUGCUGCCAAUGGGCAUCCUGCAGGUGACGGGCGCGAGGCAGGCGGACGCUGGCGUGUUUCGCUGCGUUGCCGCCAACAUUGCGAACACACGCUACAGCCACGAAGCCGUGCUUAACAUCAGCGGUGGAACCCCCAGAACUUACAAGGAGCCUGUCAUCCUGUCAGGACCUCAGAAUCUAACAUUAACCGUCCAUCAGACAGCCAUCUUGGAGUGCAUUGCGACAGGAAACCCAAAGCCGAUCGUUUCCUGGAGCAGACUAGACGGACGCUCCAUUGGAGUCGAAGGUAUUCAGGUUCUUGGAACGGGGAACCUGAUGAUCUCAGAUGUUUCUCUCCAGCACUCUGGCGUGUACGUGUGUGCCGCCAACCGACCCGGCACCAGGAUGAGACGUACUGCACUUGGCAGGCUUGUGGUACAAGCCCCUCCUGAGUUCCUGCAGUGGCCGCAGUCUAUCUCCAAGCCAGCAGGAGGCAGUGCUGUUUUCACCUGCGUGGCACAAGGAGUCCCAGAGCCUCACCUCAUCUGGCUGAAAAAUGGCAAGGUUUUAAUGCCUGGACACAACAUCAAGUUGACCAAUAACAACAGUACUCUGGCUCUGACUCGUAUCAGUUCCGAGGAUGAGGCCAUUUACCAGUGCAUUGCCGAGAACAGCGCCGGCACAAACCAGGCCAGCGCCCGACUGGCUGUGGCGCAGGCCAAAGACCUCCCUGCCACCCCCGAGGGACUCACCGCCAGCGUGCUGUCCGCCAGUGCUCUGCAAAUCUCAUGGAGUCAACCCCCUGCAGAAGUCACUGACGGGAUUAUCGGCUAUGUGCUACACAUCCGCAAGAUAGGAGAGCCUGACACUCUGGAGCUGCAGGAAGCCAUCAGCAAAGGUGACUUUCAGCACGAUGUAAACAACCUGGAGCCAGCCACAACCUACUCCCUCUACUUGAAAGCUUACUCGCCCCUCGGAGCCAGCCAGCAGUCCCGCACUGUGGUGGCCACAACACUAGGAGGCGUUCCUACCACGCCCACCUUUUUCACCAAGGUGGUGAACUCCAGCGCUGUGCAGGUGCUUUGGGAGCUCCCCAGCAAGGCGGGAAAGGCUGAGGGCUUCAGGCUGUCUUACCGCAGGGUCCCCAAUGGCGACUUCCAGGGGCCAAUCCAGCUGCCUUGCCACAUCAACGCCCACACCAUAUCUAACCUGGAAGCGGGUGCGGUGUAUGAAGUCAAACUGGUGGCCUACAAUGGAAAUGGGGAGAGUGACUGCUCCAAGAGACUGGUGUCAUUGGCAGAUAAAAUCACCAGUGCCCAAAAUACCGGGGACAAGACGCUGUGUGAGUGCAGGGAAGGAGAAGCGUCGCUGGGCAGCGUUGUCAUUGGCAUCCAUAUUGGCACGGCCUGCAUCAUCUUCUGUGUCAUCUUCCUCAUGUUCGGGUAUCGUCGCAGUUUGUUUUGCAACAAAGGGACUCAGGACAGCUGGUCAGUACCGAGGGACAACACAGGACACAAUGGUGUCCAUAAAGAGGUCACAGUCCCUCAGCAGGUGGCUGUGAGUCCAGCGCAAUGCCAGGUGGUCAUUGAGGAACACCCGUCGAGUCUUCCUGGCACGGGCAGCGGCUAGCACUGGUCAAUGAACCCCCCUCUCCCCACAUCCCUCCACCUUCCCCGCCAACACCCAUCUGUUUGACUCAGGUUCUUUGAAUUAGAUGUGGACCGGUUCAAACUGGUUCCACCGCACACCUCAUUCCUGACAUGGCCCCCCCGGAUUAGUGCCCUGCCCUCAAACCAAAGCAAGUUUGCCUUUAUCGCCCAUGCCCACGAGCAAAAGCGUGUUGAAAAAGCCUUUAAGAGCGUCUACGCCACAAUUGUGCCGUGUCAGCGCGCUUGCUGGGAGUCUGAUCAAUAACCAAAAUGUUUUAUAUACGCCUCGGAUCUCGCCUGCUGCCGCGCUGACACGCCUUUAAGCCAAAUAUUAGACGAGUGGGAGCUCUUCACCUUGCCUUGGCUUCCUCCUCAAUAGCGAGGGGAAGAACAAAGUGGCCUUCGUGAUGAGUCGGGACGCUCCUUCCAUGUACGCCGUCGUCUCAAAGCUGCUCCAAAGAACGCUACCUCACAUUGGCGGAGACCCUCCGCCCUAUUGGAAACCCCUUUUCCCCUUCGCUUCUUUGACCAGUGCCGCCGUGCCGUGCCAGCUGCCAGAGAGAGCUCACCGGGUGGACCAGCAUGGAGAGAUCGCGCCUGACCUCGUCCAUCUACUGAACUUUUGCGACCAAAUGAGUCAUCAAAACCACACUUUCACUCUCCACACACCAAAUCGUGUCACCCGGAAGCCUCGAUGGCGCCGGAUUGGCAUCUGAAGAAGUCGUUAAGGUAAGACGCCCGAAUGCACAGAGAAGAAAAACCAAGCUAAAUGACACCCAAAGAUCCUUUUCAUGGUUUUCCUUGGUUUCCUCCUGUUGAGAGACUACUUCCUGGUUGAAAGGCGUCGCGAGGAUUGCUUUAACUGAACUCAAGCCAAAAAAAAAGCUAGCUCAGAAUUUUUUAGAGUAUUUGUUUGAUAUUCAUUUUCAACUAUUUUUUACAAACUUUAAGAGUGACCAAAUGAAAAUGUCAAACGUUUAUGUCCACACAGGAAGCAGGGGUGUCCUUUGUUGGAUUUGUUUGUAUUUUUAUUCAUGAAAUACAUUACACUCAUUUGCUCUGUCAGCAAAAUACAGCACGUCUUUAGUAUGAGACACAUUCCAGCCAAUCAGUGCAUUUUUCUUAAACUAAACUUACAUCUGGGUCCCUCUUCUAACUUUAAUUUUGAUAAUACAUAUAUUGAACUACUCAAAAUGUGUAUUGGUCCAUCACAGGUAAUAUUUUUUUUUUCAUUUUAUACGAGGUUACUAAGUGAAGAUGACUCAUUUGAGUAACAUGAUUGGAGUGAGUUUUAUAUAAAAAAAGGUACAAAUAUUUUUAUAGUUGAAAAAGCAUGAAAUAUAGCCACAUGACAUUUAUGCCAAUAGCAUGUUGACACCAAGCACAUUAUAGUGACUCACCAGUGUAAUGGAUGUAAAAAUUACAUUGAAAAUAAUUUAGGUAACAUGAUGGAACGUAACAGAAGUGAGUUUUUGUUGUGGUUUUUUAGCAUAGGUAAAAUGAAAUAUAGCCACAAAAUAUUUAUACUAAAAACUUGUUGACAUAAGCACAUUACAGUGACUCAAACAAUAAUAUAUUUUGAAAUAUCAUCAAGAAAUAAUAUCAGAAUCACUGAGAUUAACAGUAGUGAGAUUUUAGCAUUAUUAGCAAAUGCAUGAAUUAUAGCCAAAUUACAUUUUUACUAAUAGAAUGUUGACACAAAGCACAUUACAGUGACUUCAGAAAAUAAUGUGUUUUAAAAAACCAUUGAAAAAUAUUUUAAGUAACAGUACUGAAAUUAGCAAGAGUGUGUUUUCAAGAUAAGUAGCAAACACAUGAAAUAUAACUACAUUACAUUUAUUAUAGCAGCAUGUUGACACUAAACACAUUGCAGCAACUUAACAAACUACCAACUUUAAAAACUAAUAACGUUAAACCAUUAUUUAGGUAACAGGACCGAGUUCGCUUUUGUUCUUCAAAUGGCCUACAGAAAAUGUGAAUGAUGCGACUUCCUGUAGCCCAGUGGUUCUUAAACUUAUGUCAAAGUACCACCAUAAUGACCAACAACAAAAUACAGUAGCAUAGUAGGUCUAAUUAGUCAUUAAAAACAAGGCACAGUUUUUAUUUGACAAGUUAAUGUAAUAUUUUAGCCACUACAACAGUGCACACAGUUUGAACAGUGACACUGUGUUUGAAUAUUUAAUUAGGUAUUAUUUGGCGUACCACUAGAUAGAGCCUGCUCCACAGUUUGAGAAUCACUGCUGUAGAACAUGCUACUUUUUCCCUCCAUAGGGGUUGUGUGGUAGGGUAACAGAACUGAGUGAAAUUCCAGACACACCACCAAAGUGUCAUUUUUUACAUUUCUUAAGGAAAAUUUGAAUAAAAGUAUAGUUGCGAUGGGAAGGACCACAAACAUUUAAAGGAUUUAAACAAUUCAAAAUCUAUUUUUAAGACAAAAAAAUGCUGCUUUUCCAGUGUUCAAAGACACUUGUUCUUAGUAAAUAAGCUGUUUUACAAUAUACAUACUAUUCAUCGAUCACUGAUUUGUUGGAAUGUGGCAAAUACUGCAUUUAACCUAUUGUAUCCUGGAUUGUUUUGAGCAUCUUUAACAUAGAAAAUGUGGCCACCCCUGGCUGGAAACACCCUGGACACCCUCUGCUUUAAGAAAUACUUCUUUUGUGUCCAAGUAGUGGACGUUUUCUGGCAAAUAUUUUGAUAUGUUGAAGAAAUAUGUAACCAAAUAGUUCUACGUUUUGAAGAAUAUAGCCUUUACAUGUCCUCACUGACCAAAACACAUGCGCGUGCACAUGUGUGUGUGUGCACAUGUCAGAUAUUAAGUGUGAAUAACAGCAGAGAAACUUGAGCAAACUCACAUUGACAGGAAGUGUGCGUGCGUCUUUAUUAUGCACUUUAACGACGUGCAGGCAAAUUUUAUCAUGCAGAUUUAAAAAUACUCUAAGUCAGUGGUUCUCUAACGUACCACCUCAGAAAACACUUUGUUCUCAAAGCACCAUAAUGACUAACAAUAAAAUACAGUAACAUAGUCAGCCUAGGUAUUCAUUAAAAACAAUGAAAAGGUUAAUCAAACCCCUGAGUCAGGUUAAUUAAAAACUAUGUUAAACCCCCUAACUGAGGAAAAACCAAUGCUGUCAAAAAAGUGUUAUAAGUGAUAUAUAUUUUUUUUAACCAUUAACACUUUAAAUCCUUUAACUGCUUUAGACCUAUUCAUAGAUACAAUGUUUUAAUAUAUUUGUAACGUUUUAUGUUCUUUUUUUUGUAAUAAAAUGAAAUAAAAUAAACCCAAUUUUUUAUAAUGGGAAAAAAAACAAAAAAUACAUAAUUCGCAAAAAUGAGGUGUUAAGUGGAAUACUUAGGAUGAAGUAAUUACAGCCUUUAAUAGGUCAAUAAUUCAUAACAACACUGAUUUUGAUGCGUUAUUAUUUUUGGAACACUAACUAUCUAUCCCUACUUACCCGAAAAAUGGAACGCGCUACAAAAAGUCUUAUAAGUCAGUCCAUUUAUUUAUCUCUGAUUUUGAAUCCUUUUAAGGGCAUUUAUUAUUAUAGUCAUUCUUCUACAGUUUUUUUUUAAAGCUGAAGGACUCCGCAUACAGCGCUACCUCAAAUAUACGACGACAUAGCUUACGAGUUGCUCUGAUAGGAGCUGGCUACACGUCCAUUUAGAGUGUUUCGAAAUGUUUUUCCAACAGUGAGAACAAAGAAAGUGAGUGUGAAGGACAGUGCUGAGAAGAAGUGGAUUGAUAUUCAUUGGAUUAAAGAAACAUUAAUCAAAAACAUGGCCGAGUGUGUCACUAGCUAACUUGUUGAAGCAGUUGGAGUGUAGCUUGCACCAUACUGAAGCAGAAUUGUAUUUAAUUAAAUAGCGAUUGUUUAUCUAUACAAAUAUGGAGAAGCUGCUGGAAGGCGAUGCAAUAUGAGUUUUUUUGAGGCACUAGCUGCUCGGCCGGACCAAUAAAGUCAUCCAGGAGUACUACUGUGCUUUUAUAGAGCGUUUAAUUUGUUGAUUAACAAAACAAAAGACUUCAAUAAAAGGAAGUGGUACCUCAUUUUGUGUUAGUAAUUUGGGGGCCAAUAAAACAAGCAUUUUUUUAAUAUCAAUUAUUUGAAUAUAUUUAAUUUGUAACAGACACACAAAAAUAUUAUCACAAAACACAUUUUAGAGAUUAUAGUAUCGUUCUGCUGAAAACAUUUUAAAAUACCUAGAAAUUAUGAAAGAAAUGUAUGAAUCAGAUAUUAAAAUAACAAUGAUUGUCACACACACACUAGGUGUGGUGAAAUUUGUCCUCUGCAUUUGACCCAUCCCCUUGUUCAGCCCUUGGGAGGUGAGGGGAGCAGCAGCGGUGCCACGCCCGGGAAUAAAAGCAGAGUGGCAAUGGUCCCAUUUUUAUAGUCUUUGGUAUGAACUCACAACCUACCGAUCUCAGGGCGGACACUCUAACCCAGGGGUCACCAACGCGGUGCUCGUAAGGACCAGAUGAGUCGCCCGCUGGCCUGUUCUAAAAAUAGCUCAAAUAGCAGCACUUACCAGUGAGCUGCUUCUAUUUUUUAAAAUUGUAUUUAUUUACUAGCAAGCUGGUCUCGCUUUGCUCGAAAUUUUUAAUUCUAAGAGAGACAAAACUCAAAUAGACUUUGAAAAUCGUCACUUGUUUAAAUACAAUCAUUUAUUUUUUUACUUUGCUUCUUAUAACUUUCAGAAAGACAAUUUUAGAGAAAAAAUACAACCUUACAAAUUAUUGUAGGAUUUUUAAACAAAUAUACCUUUUUACCUUUUAAAUUCCUUCCUCUUCUUUCCUGACAAUUUAAAUCAAUGUUCAAGUAUUUUUUUUUUAUUGUAAAGAAUAAUAAAUACAUUUUAAUUUAAUUGUUCAUUUUAGCUUCUGUUUUUUCAACGAAGAAUAUUUGUGAAAUAUUUCUUCAAACUUAUGAUUAAAAUUCAAAAAAAAUAUUCUGGCAA